AUGUCAAAGGUCGCGGAGAGGAAAAUCAUCAACGAAAAGAUCGCGAAAGUUCGUGAAGUUGUUCAUGGUGUCAGUACAAAUGAUAUCAUAUUGGCUUUGUACUCGUUAGAUAUGAAUGUUGAAAGGACAAUUCAAGCGUUCUGCGAAGACGGAGCGUCGGAAGUACUCGACGACUGGGUACGACCAGCUAGCGGCUCUUCCAAGAAUAAGAACAAGAAAAAGAAGAAUAAGCAGCACACCGUGCCGGAAUCAACUGCAGCACCAGUCGCGACCGCCACCACUGCUCCCUCUACAGCCUCCGCAUCUAAAACGGCUAAGGCAGCUCCUCCAGCGAAAGCGGUGGACGCGACUACCCCGCAGCUGCCUGCUAAGACUGCACCUCAGACAAAUGGGUUUGUAAUCCAAGCCAAACCGCAAGAGGCGAAACCUCAAGCUGACAAAAGCAUUCCAGUAACGGAGCAAAUCCAGCAAACAUUCAAGGCUCUUCGCGCGGCUGUAACGGAUCGUGAGAAAGAGCUUUUAUCUGGCUGUGGAGUAACCUCAAAAUUCACAGAUGCAAAUUUCGACCACUUGAUUUCGCUGAUUCAGAAGUUUGGCUCAGUUACCGAUACAUCACCUCGAGGAGCAUCCGCAGCAGUUGGCAUGCCAAAGGCGGUGUCUCCAGUUCAGGCUGCUGCUAUUAAACACGCCACCAGUCAGUCUAGUAUUUCAAGUUCGCUUGGAGCGGACUCUGGUGUAAAUCUUAGUCCAACUCACAAAGAGGAAAAGAAACCAACAUCGGAGAGCAAGCCGAAACCCGCUAAAGUCGUUAGUGGUGGCAUAAUGAUGCAGUCGGAUGCACUCACACCAGAACAGUUAGAAGCCUUGCAGCGCUCACUUGCUGAGCAAUUGGCGGCGUGCGGCAUAGAUGCGUCCAUUCUGUCCGGUGUCACUGGAGGCGACAUGCCUGUUCGUCGCCCUCGUAAGACGGACGGACCAAAGAGAGGUGGAAUCGUGAAGAACGAAAGGACUUCUAUACGUCCUCAACUAUCCAUCCUUUAG